GAGGGGAAUUUUUAAAAUAUCCAAUUUGUGUUUUCCAUCGCGUUUGCUGCUUUGUACAAAGUUCCACCACUGCAAAGCAGCGCCAACUAUAUGCCGCCACGUAGUUACACUACCAAACAAUGUCUACCAUUUCCCCCCACCCCCACUGCUAACAUUCGAUCAUAAUGAAAGAUGAAUCGUAAAAGAGAAAACCAAGAAAAUGAGGGGGAAUAUGAAAACAUUUUAAAAGAUCGCAAACUGAAGUAUGAGAAGCUGCGGAAAAAAAGUACCCUGCAUAACAGGUUUAUCUCCCCCAUAGUUAACCUAAUAAAUAGUGUGAUAAACUUCCUGAAAGCCCUUUUUAACAUACUAGCUAUUUUUUUUAAAACCUUAUUUGGCUUGUCCAAUGGCUCCAAUACUCUGGGCGGACGUAACAACGACGGAGAUGACGAUUUCUUCAGCAAGAAGAAAAAAAUGGGAAAUUUGCAAAAAAGUAGAAUAAUGGAACUGAAAAAUUUGGGCACCUGUUUGGGAAGCACCUGAGGGUAACUUCUCUUCCCUUCCCUUUUUCCACACGAAAGUAAUUCCAAACAAAUAUGAUCAUAAAUGAUUUGCCAAUUUGAAAAUACAAAUAUAAGUGUAUAAAUUGACAAUGAAAAAUGAUGUUAUGUUUGUUUGCAUCACAUACAUGAACUGUUUACCAAACUGCUUGGAAAAAAAAGAGGAAAGGAAGAGACGUACAAUCUGAGUACAUUAAAUUAUUUUCUCUCUAUUAAACAUGAUUGCCUUUUUAAGGGGGUUUUUUUUUUUUUUUUUCCCCCCCAUUUUUAAACAUUAUUGUUAAGUAAUUUCCUGCUUUCACGCAAGUAGGUUAUUAAAAUAAGAU